UCUCAGUCAACGCAGGUGUGGGUUAUCACAGCUGAGGACAGCUGACACAAGACUACGAGGUCUAUCUUUAGGCAGCAGAUAGUGUUCGUCAUUAUUGCGUCUAAGUCAACACAGGUGUGGCUUAUCACUACGCUGUUUACCCAGGAGUCACCGAGUAAUGAUGUCUUGGAACUUUGUUCUCACAGCGACUGCCCUUCUGCACGCAGUACAUGGCCAAAAUGAACGGCCCUGUGUGGACUUUAUGGAAAUCCCGAACGUCAGCAUUCGCAACCCUGACACCGCAACCCAGCCUGGCUCUACAAUCAAUGACAGGACGCUCGCCGCUGGGUGGUACGGUGAUGCGAACUAUGAACUCCAGGACAGUGCCCCUGGCUUCCUCCGCUGUGGAUCAUUGUACCCGAUAUGGCGACAAAGUAUUUCUACCAACACAGCUACCAUGUGUAUCCAGCAACCAUCUACUGCAUGCACGAGUCCGUUUACGAUACAGUUUGAGGACUGUAACGGUUAUACUGUGUAUAAUCUCAGAACCUCGCCUAUUCAUCAGAGCUCCUACUGUUUCCGUGAGAUUUCUCCAAACCCACCAACCUACAGUCCCAAGCCUACUGUCGUCCCUGGUGUAACUGACACUGGUUUCACCAAAAGUGACCUCCAUUUCCGAUGUUCCUUCCCCCCUUCGUCCACCCAAAGACUGUUCCACCAGACAACGUGGUAUGUCGACGACGUCCUCAUACACCAGCACCCAGCAACGCUGAUGGACGACACCUACAUUGACAGCACCCAGAUCACUCAAGCGAUGCUAAUAGCAGCGGGGAUAACUGAAGUCGGUUUCAAUAUAAGCUGUGAGAUCCAGGCCAUGUACGGUGCUGGUAUGCCCCCCGGUCCUGCAAAUCGUGCGGAUCCUUUUUUCGUUGGCUUUGAGAUUCUAACCGAAGAAAUAACGAUCAGACAAGGCGAGACGGGACAGGUUCAAGUCCGAGCCACAGUGCCGUUCCGUUGCGGAAACAUCACUGAGUUAUAUUUUGAAAGUUGUUCCAUGCCAAUCGAGAUACAAUCUGUUGACUCAGCAAAUCGGGUUUCCCAGGAAUACUGUGAGGUUUCCAUUCCUUACACACAGUGGAGUCAGCCUGUGUCUAUGACUGUACAUGGAACCAUAACACCAACAUAUGGAAGAAGCCAACUUAAUUCGCUACUAGUUCUCAGGACUCCAAAUGACAGUCUCGGGUUCCCCUUUUGGAACAACCAUACCAUUGGGACAGUAAAGGUUAAAGUUGUGAAAGACACGACUCUGGUUAGCAGCAAAGACUGCAAGUGCCAUAACGACCCAUACCUAGAGCAGUUUGAUUCGCGCACCAGGCUUUCACUACAACAGAAGGGACGAUUUACAUUAUAUAAACUGGCUCGUCAGCUCAUAGAGAUACAGGUCGAAGUAAAAAAGUGUCAUGGUGUGCGUACUGCAGCUGGAUACUGUAAUUGUGGGGUAGCUGUUCAGUCAGGAAAGACGGUGUUCUCUAUUAAUGGCUGCGAUACCAAAUCAUGGAGAAUAAAUCAUCAGGGCUGUGACAACUCCGACAACGCCAUGGAAAUAAGAAAGCGCUCCACAUAUUAUGAGGCACGUAUAAAUACUUUUGCUUAUGUGAAUGAGUGA